AUGUUACACAAUAUUAAAAAUGCCAGUUAGAUAUAAGCCAUAACUCCUGACUUACAGGUAAAAGAUCUAUUAUCGGACUUAUGUGAAAGAGGUUGUCUAUUUGAAAGCCAUGAUAAAAAGAGAGAAGAGGUCAUUGCUGAGUCUGGCGAUGAUCAGAGAAGUCUUAACGGACUUGUUAACUUUUACGAUUUGACGGUUAGGCCGGUCCACCUACCGUUGUUCAGAAGUGGACCUCAAGAAGGAGACUGCAUCCAAGUAUGCAAAAAAGUAAUUCAUUUAAACUUAAACUUAAAUAAUGUUACCUUUACGUUUGAGAGAUUUUGAAGUAGUCCGAACUAUUGGUAAUUUUUAUUUAGGCACUGGGACAUUUGCACGAGUAGCUUUGGUUCGCUCAAAAAAUCAAAGAAAUAGCCCUUACCACGCUCUUAAAAUGAUAAAUAAAGAAACCCUUGUAAAACUUAAACAAGUAGAGCACGCUAAAGCUGAAAAACGGGUUUUAGCGUCCCUGGAUCAUCCUUUUAUAGUCAAACUGUAACCAUAACGCAGCAUAAAUUCAUUUCAAGACUCUUCAUGUCUGUAUUUAACGCUAGAAUAUAUACCUGGAGGGGAAUUAUUUACAAGGCUGAGGCUUUAUCAUCAUUUUCCUAAUGACGUAGCACUGUUUUAUGCGACAGAAAUUUUAUUAGCGAUCUCUUAUAUGCAUACAAGGGAUAUUGUAUAUAGAGACUUGAAGCCAGAAAAUAUUUUAAUUGACCAACAGGGGCAUGUGAAAAUUGCGGAUUUUGGGUUUUGCAAGGUAAUUCCUCAGGGCGAAAGAAGCUUCACGCUGUGUGGGACACCUGAAUAUUUGGCGCCUGAAAUUAUUAAGUCAGAAGGCCAUGGUAAAGCAGUGGAUUGAUGGGCUUUUGGAAUUUUAGUUUAUGAAAUGCUCGUUGGAAACCCACCAUUUUAUGACCAAAAUCCCUACAAAAUUUACAAGAAAAUAGUCAAAGGAGAAUUUGUGAUGCCUGAACUUAUAUAAUUUUUUAAAUAAUUAAAAAAUUGCUAAAUAAUGAUUUUAUUUUGAUUUUUAUAGUAAAUAAGCAUUAUUAAUUGUAUUUAAAGAUUAUUUUUGAUAAAAUAGGAUAUCAAAUAAUGCUGCAGAAUUAAUAGCAAGGCUAUUAUGUAUUAAUCAAGACGAAAGAUUAGGAAGUAAUGGAUCAAGUGAAGAAAUAAAAGGAAUGAAAUGGUUUAGAGGAGUUGACUUUGCGAUGGUGGUAAGAAAAGAAGUGCGAGCACCCUGGAUACCAAAUUUGUCAGGGCCCAAUGACACAUCAUCGUUUGCGAAUUAUCCUGAUGAUCCUGAUUUCUUUAGGCCUGCAUCGGUAUCAGUUAAUGAGCUUUUCCGUGAUUUCUAA